AUGGAUUGUAUCGCCAUGCUCGAUGCACCGUGGAAUGCAACAGCAGCCCUUCCUGCUAUGGCCGCUCCUGCCUCUGCUGCUCCUAUGCAGCCUCUACCGUUUCCCUCUGCUGUGGCUGCAGGUUCUGCUGCCACAUCUGGUGGUGCUGCAGCUCUUGUGAUGCCUCUGCCACAUUGCUUUGCGGUGGAGCGAGGGGUGAGACUAGAUGCAUGUGUCGACGCUUCUCCCCCUGCUGCUGCUGCUGCUGCUGCUGCUGCUGCUGCUGCUGCUGCUGCUGCUGCUGCUGCUUCUGGUGCUGCUUCUGGUGGUGCUACUGCUGUUCGUGGUGCUGCUGCUGUUGUUGUUGCUGAUGGUGUUGCUGGUGCUGCCGCUGCUGCUGCUCCAGCUGCUGUUCCUGCCAUGCCAAACUCGCACCUUGCACACGAGCAGAGGCAGGCAGCUCUCAGCAGCCUUUCAAGGCGACUCCGAGCACAGGCACCUUGCAGCACCGCACUGCACCGAUCCCAAAAGUUGUCCCCAGGAGGGAACACAGGCUUUAAGUCGCCCUCUGCAACCCUAUCCCCAUUGUCCCUGUCGCCGAAGGUUGGUAUGGGACACGCAGGGGCUCUUGCAGCAGCAGGGGCGAGACAGAUCACGGGGAAGAGUGCAACGGAGAAGCAACGGCGAUCCAGAAUCACAGAGCGAUUGGAGGCCCUCAAGGCAGCGAUACCAGCAGAGGUGCUGCUGAGGCAGCAGGGCCGGGCGGGAUUCAGCAAUCGUACGCACAUAGCCACUCUGCUGGAUGCUGCUGUGGGGUUCAUCGAGGGCAUGCGCCAAUACAAGCUGCAGCUGGAGAGGCAGCUGCUGUCCACAUAA